AUGGCUUCCAGGCUGGAGGAGGACCUGACCUGUCCCAUCUGCUGUGAGCUCUUCAGAGAACCUGUGGUUCUGUCCUGCAGCCACAGCUUCUGUAAAGUCUGUCUGCAGAACUGGUGGAGGGACAAACCCAUAAAGACCUGUCCACUUUGCAACAGAAAGUCGUCAAGGGACAUUCCUCCCAUGAACCUGGCCCUGAGGAACCUGGUGCAGACGUUUGCAGAGCAGAAAAAGCAGACCCCUUCAGAGCAGAGAGAGCAGACCCCUUCAGAGCAGAGAGAGCAGACCCCUUCAGAGCCUCUGUGCAGUGUUCACUCAAAGAAGCUCCGGCUCUUCUGUCUGGACCAUCAGCAGCCGGUGUGUGUGAUCUGCAGAGACUCCAGGACUCACAAAGACCACAGGUUUAGUCCCAUGGAGGAGGCGGCCGAGGACCUGAGAGAGCAGCUGAGGACGUCCAUCAAGCCUCUGCAGGACAAACUGCAGGUUCUGACUGGGAGGAAAGAGCAGUUUGAAGACGCCGCGGCUCAUAUCACAGCCCAGGCUCGACAAACAGAGGCACAGAUCCGACACCAGUUUGAGAAACUGCACCAGUUUCUGUUGGAGGAAGAACAGUCCAGGAUGAAGGCUCUGAGGGAGGAGGAGGAGCAGAAGACUCACAACAUGAAGGACAAGAUGGCCACCGUGAGCAGACAGAUGGAGACUGUGUCCAAAACCAUCACAGAGACAGAGGAGCAGCUGAGGGCCACAGACAUCUCCUUCCUGCUACAGUACAAGUCUACAGUGGAGAGAGUGCAGCGCCGCCCCCUGGUGGAGGAACCACAGAUGGAACCUGGAGCUUUGAUCGACCAGGCCAAACAUCUGGGCAACCUGGACUUCAACAUCUGGAGGAACAUGAAGAGACUGGUGAAGUUCUACCCUGUCAUUCUGGAUCCAAACAGAGCAGAUCCUGAACUCAUCCUGUCUGAAGAUCUGAGCUCAGUGAAGAGUGGAGAGAAACAGAAGCUUCCACAGAAUCCAGAGAGACGUAAAGGUCACAUUGUAUUUGGAUCUGAACUGUUUACAUCAGGGACUCACAGCUGGGACGUGGAGGUCGGGGACAGUAAGAGAUGGUCUGUAGGUGUGAUUGGACCUGUUCAGAGACGGGGAAAGACUGAGAAUGUAGAUUGUUUCAUACUUUUCAUUGAUGGUAAAUACUCAGCCUGUUCUCUCCCAGACACAGUUAAAUCACUCUCUGUGAGGAGGAGUCUGCAGAGACUCAGAGUGAAGCUGGACUUUGACAGAACAACGGUGACCUUUAGUGACCCCGACACAAACACUGACCUGAACACAUUCACAGAGACUUUCACUGAUGGACUGGUUCCUUAUUUAAUCACCAAAGACAACAUCCCCCUGAAGAUUUUACCAAAGGACGUCACUGUAAACAUGUAAAUAUUGAAACUUCAAGAGGAGGAAUUAUGCAAAACAACUUUUAGGAGUUUUCUACCAUGUUAUAGUGAUGUUGGCUUUUCAAAAAUGAUGGAUCUCAGUGGAACUUUAGCAAUAACAUCGACACCAAGUGACAAAAACAUGUCUAAUGAGGUUUUAUAUAUCAUCUAUGGAUGUUUGAGCAAUUUAGAUAUCUCUGGGGCCGAAUUCACGCCGCCUGUAAUGUGAUGGUGCUCUGAAGGGGGAGUGACUUAGUGACAGAGGCACAAAGGGGAGACUUAAGAACAAUUUAUCAUCAUGCAUCAAAUUGCAGAGCGUCUGUGUCGACCAGCGUGCACCUCUGACAUUUUGUAACCACUGAACCGAUGCAGACAGCAGAGGGAAGCCACGCAGACAGUAAGGGCUGUGAUUGGUUCUCUC